AAAACAGUCUCUCUCUGUCUCUCUCUCUCUCUACUGCACCUAUAGUAUCUCUCAUAAUGGUCUCGUUCCUCAGCAACUCCGAAUCCCCCGCCCAGGCUGCUUCUCAGUCAACCCCCGUCUCCCCCGUCGCUCAGGAAGUCAACCCCCUCAACCCCAAGGGUCUCAAGCCCUGUUGCGCUUGCCCCGAAACAAAAUCCGCCCGAGACGACUGUUUCCUCAAGUCUGCUCCCGGAGAAGGAGAUAUCGCGUGCAAGGACCUGAUUGAGGCGCACAAGGCUUGCAUGAGGGGUUACGGUUUCAAGGUCUAGACGUGGUAUACGUCUAGAUCUGUGGAGGACGAUAGAGGGAUGGAAGAGCAUGUGGACAGUAUUUUUGGUUUUUCUUCAUGGUUGUACAUAUGCAUCAUACACACUACUCGCUGAAUA